AUGGCGAUGAAAUUAACAUGUUUGCUACUGGUAGUGGUGGGCACCGUCACCGGUAUUUACGUCGAUGAGCCGCUACUCUACGACACGUUUCCAACCGACUUCAUGUGGGCAGCGGCAACGAGUGCCCAUCAGAUAGAAGGCGGAUGGGAUGCUGACGGUAAGGGCCUGAACAUUUGGGAUGUCUACACGACCAACUCGAGCAAUGUGUUGGACGGUUCGACCGGACAGACGGCCUGCAACAGCUACAAUUUCUACCAGAAAGAUGUUGACGCCCUACAGAGUUUGGGAGUGUCUCAUUAUCGUUUCUCCAUCUCCUGGGCCCGAGUCCUACCCAACGGCAUCGGUCAAGUUAACCAGCCGGGCGUCGACUAUUACAAGAGAUUGAUAGCCGCUCUCAAAGCCGCCAAUAUAGAACCCAUGGUGACUUUGUACCAUUGGGACUUGCCGCAAUCGCUGGAAGAUAUGGGCGGAUGGCUGAAUCCUAGCAUUGCCGACUGGUUUGAAGAAUACGCCCGCCUUUGCUACACGGAAUUCGGCAAUGAUGUCAAAAUCUGGAUCACCAUUAACGAACCAUGGGUUGUGGCUUACCAAGGGUACGGAUCAGGCAUUAACGCUCCCGGAAGGUAUGGCCCUGGAACUUUUACCUACCAAGCUGGACAUAAUUUGAUUCUAGCUCAUGCUCGAGCUUAUCGUCUUUACGAGUCGGAAUUUAAACCGACACAACAAGGUAAGGCAGGGAUCACGUUGAACAUUAACUGGUACGACCCCAAAGACGAUCAAGUUACCAGCCAAGAUGCGGCCGAAAGAGCCAUGCAAUUUCUAGGCGGUUGGUUCGCCAAUCCAAUUUUCGGCAACGGCGAAUACCCCGCAAUUAUGAGGCAAAAGGUGGACGAGAAAAGCGCUGCCCAAGGUUACAAUCCGUCGCGAUUGCCCGUCUUCACGGCCGAGCAGAAACUGUUGGUGCAGGGCAGUUCGGAUUUUUUCGGACUCAAUUAUUACACGGGUUCGUUGACCAUCGAAAAGAUCCAAGACAUCAGCAUCGUAGACUAUAGCGCAGAUCAGGAUAUCGAAGCUUCUUACGAUCCAGCCUGGUACGGAUCGGGUUCCGGUUGGUUGAAAAUCACUCCUUUUGGCAUGCGCAACACUCUCAAGUGGAUCCGUGAUCGAUUCAACGAUCCCGACAUUAUCAUUACCGAGAACGGUUACAGCGACAACUCUGGUAAUCUUGACGAUAUGAUGAGAGUUUACUAUUAUAAGCAUAAUAUCAACAACGUCCUCAAAGCCAUUAAGGACGGAGUUAAAGUAAUCGGAUACGCCGCUUGGAGUCUAAUGGAUAAUUUCGAAUGGGGAAGCGGUUACACGCAAAAAUUCGGAAUUUUUAGCGUGGAUUUCGCUACGGCGGAUCUCAAUCGGACGGUCAAAGCUUCUGGUCGUUAUUACGCCCAAUUAAUCCGCGAUAACGGGUUUACUGCCGACCAGCCUUGCAAUAAUUACCCAAUCAGCAAUUAACACACUUAAUCAAUUUCG